AUGGCCACACAAGGGUCUGUGCAGAAGGAUUGGAUCAGGUGCAGCAUGAGAUCUUGUAAGUACUCCCAUGACAUCAGCAGUGCUGAGAACAGGAAAGUUCUAAAGACCCACGAGUUGUCUGGCCUUGAUGAGAAUGAGCUGCGAGUGCUGCUUCUGCAGAAUGACCCUUUCUUCCUCCCUGAUGUCUGCCAGUUUUACAACAGAAAGGAUAGUGCCUGCAACCAUCAGAGCAACUGCAGCAGGCUGCACGUGUGUCGACACUUCCUCCAUGGGGAAUGCAGAUUUCUCCCGUGCAAGAGGUCCCAUGACCUCUUGAAUGCCCAUGCACUGAGGGUGUUGGAAACUGGAGGCAUUGAUCCCAACACAGCUUCAAACAUCCAGACUAUAUAUGAUCACAAGCACGUGGAAUUCAACAAGGAACUGAAGAGGGGGAAUGUAUCCAACUACAGACGACAAGAACACUUACAGAAAAACCCAGCAGCUAUGAGGAGUCAAGACCUGAAGAUACCUUUGCAAACAGUCUCAGUAGCAAUGUACCUGGUCAGAGCCAACACCCGUUGCCAACAGGAGCUGGAGGUAAAGACGAAGGUGCAAGAGCUGGAGGUAAAGAUGAAGGUACAAAAGCUGGAGGUAAAGAUGAAGGUGCAAGAGCUGGAGGUAAAGAUGAAGGUGCAAGAGCUGGAGGUAAAGAUGAAGGUGCAAGAGCUGGAGGUAAAGACGAAGGUGCAAGAGCUGGAGGUAAAGACGAAGGUGCAAGAGCUGGAGGUAAAGACGAAGGUGCAAGAGCUGGAGGUAAAGAUGAAGGUGCAAGAGCUGGAAGAAAAGACGAAGGUACAAGAGCUGGAAGUAAAGAUGGAGGUACAAGAGCUGCAGAUAAAGACAAAGGUGCAGGAGCUAAAG